GAUCUGUUCUACCUGUUCCCACCCUCCCUGCCCUCCCCAUACUCUGUGACACCGAGGUCUCCAAGUACCGCAUCAGCCUGUGCUGAUGUCGACGGAACAGAGCACUGGGGCACUGCCACGACGCAGUGCCAGGCUCGCAGUUCGUAGCCACUUUGUGCUACCUCCACGGCCGAAGUAUCAGCAACAACGACGCAGCAGGCGAACGACUCCAGCGGCAUCCAGUACCAAUGCAGCAACUGCAGUACGGGGUACCGUCGGGACCCUUCCCGCCUGUCCGGUCCAAGGGGACCAUGAGACUUUGGCAGCUUACCUUCAGCGGGUACAGGCAUUCACAGAUGCCAUCGCCACAGCAAAGGCACAGCAAGGGGCAGCAGAAGCAGAACGUCAGCGGCUUGCCCAAGAGCCGGCAGCCCAAGCUCAGCGAACUGCUGAGGCUGAAGCAACGGCUCGAGACAAGCGGAAUGCCGCCAGCAUUGAGUCUCUGAUUCAAAAUGAGACAACGCAGCAGCAUCAACAGCACCAGCUGUUGAACACCACUAUCACACGCGUCAACAACAUCGAGGCUAAGGCCUCAGCAGCGCCAGGCUGCAUGAUAGACACGGCGAAGCAGCUCGGGGAGCUCAUCAACCAUGUUGUCAAUAUUAUCGAAGACCUAGGUGACUUUACCAGUCCGGCCACGAUCAGCAGCAUGGUGGCCGCCAUCAAGACAGACAUCACCAAAUUGCAGUCACGACCGGAAGCCGCUGCGAAGGAAGAUGACAUUCAGCUAGGAGCAGCGGCAAAGUGUGGGCACAAGAAAAUGGAUCGUAAUAUGAUGAACAUGGGCGCCAUGGAACGGUAUCAGGAGGAACGUGCUCGUGCAGCUGAUAUGAUGAAAGCAGCAAAUCCCGGCGCUGCCACGCCAAGCUCUGUUGCACCUGGAAAUUUCGUUUGGGAUGAGGCAUCAGGCCUGUAUUUUGAUGAAGCCUCUGGAUAUUACCAUGAUCCACGAGCUGGGUGGUAUUACAAUGGACACAACUCAACAUACUACUCAUACGAGGAUGGGAAGUUUGUUCCACUUCCGUGUCCCAUUAUCGAGGGAGACGAGCCAGGCAAUAAGUCAGGAGGUGGUGAUGUCAGCAAAGACGUCGGGAGGCCAAACUAUGGGCAUGACAAGGUUGGUAAUGCUGGUUUUGAAGGAGCCCGAGGUGGUCGCUAUGAUGUGAGGGGGGAUCAAGUAGAAGGGAAGCGUAGUGACCGAGUUGGAGAGCCUCCAGUUGGUGGGGCGGGGCCCGCUUUGGCUGGAGAAAGGCCACAUCUGAGUGCUGGUAUGUCUGGGGAGAGGGAGCAGGAGAGGCUUCAUGAUUGGCGGACUGGGGGUGGCAGCGAACAUGUUGGUGCUGAAGGUUGGUCAAGGGGGAGGGCAAUGGAUGAGUCCGUGGCUGGCACUCGCUACUCUGGCAUGGGAGUGAGUGGAAGAAGUGUGAGUCAUUUUCCAGGAGGUGAGAGUAUGGCUGAGGGUUGCAGUCGAUCAUGGAUGCCCUCAGGGCACCCUCGACGAGAGGAUGAGGGUAUUGCAAGUGCCGACUACCUGGAAUACCGGGAACGGGAGCUCAGAGGUAGAGGGUGGAAAGGGGGUGCGGGUGUCUUGGGCAGUGGGGGAGCAACAGAUAACGGGGGUCUGCGAUACUCUCGUAGAGAAGAGUACCGAGGAGGAAGAGAGGAGUAUCUGGGAAGAGAGGAGUAUGUGGGAAGAGAGGAGUUUGGAGGAAGGGAUGAAUAUGGAUAUGGACGAAGGGACGAGUACAGAGGAAGAGGGGAGAGGAGCAGAAGGGAAGAAUACCGUGGAAGAGAGGAACUGAGGGCAAGGGAAGAGUUCGUUAGACGGGAGGAUUUUAGAGGAGAGGGUAGUGAAAAUUGGAGGUACGCAGGACGUGAGGAUGCGAAGCGCCAUCUAAGGAGUGGUUCGUUUGACCGUGAUCGUGAUGAGCGCCUGCUCCAAGAGAGAGCAGCCUUGUAUUCAGAUUCAGCUCGACCUCCUCCUUGGGGAGUCCUCGAAAGGGGUUCUAGUAGUAAAGAGGAGCUGAUGCGGAUGGAGCGCUUCAGAACAUCUGCACUUGAAAGUUAUGAUGACAGAAGAAUUGCGACCGGGAGAGAGAGGGAUGCUCCUCUUCAUGGUACUGGUGCCGGGUGGUCCUCUGAUGGAAACCGACUGCCUGAACGAGGAGGUCUAAAGGACGAUGGAAAACUGGUUCGAAUUCCGUCCGCAAGUGAUCUGCCCGGCAGUGGCACUGAUCCAUUAGACGCCGGGUGUGGUAGUUGGCUGACACAGAAGCCUGGCCAAACGGUGACAACGGAGUCCUCGCAGCACACACUGCAACCAGGAAGCACAGGUAUCCCUGCUCAGCAACCCGCCCAGCAGCCCGCUCAGCAGGAGGCACAGGGCCAAGUGGCAGCAGCUGCCGAGCAGCAGCCUGCGGCUGCAGCUGAGGCGGUGGGUCCUUACGGGAGCAGCUGGCAGUGGGGGUCAUGGUAUUACGAUGGAAACACAGGACUGUACUACAAGUACGAGGACGGAAACUGGAAGGUUCAUGAGGGUGAAGGAUGGGGAGGAGCAUUGCCUAAUGGAGAAAGUGCGUCUACUGCGAUGGCUGUCAGUGGCCAGCCAUGGCAGGGAGGCAGUGCAACAAAUGCGGCGGGUACGACAGAUGGCGGCACUGUUACUCCUGCUGCGGAAGGUGCGACAAAAGAAACUGAUGGCUAUAGUGAAUGGCAAUACGACUACGCUCAAGGGAAGUAUUAUUGUGUCAAAGGUGGGUACAGGAUUUACUGGGAUGGAGGAGGAGACUCGGCUGCUGCACAGACUGAUGGUGCAACUGUUGCUCAGGCAGCGAGUGCUCAGGCAGCGAGUGCGCAGGCAGCUCAAGGUAGCAGUGUAAAUGCAGCUUUGACAGCCAAGGGUGACACAGAUGCAAAAGCAGUCGCCACCGCCGGAGCCAUUUCUGCUGAGAACAAGGGUAAUGCCGCUGCUGGUGAGGAGAAGGAAGAUAAAGAAGAGUUUGUGGCAGCUGAGCGGCCUUCAUCGUGGAUUGAGGAGGCUCUCACUGAGAUGUUUGACAAAGGGUUACCAGUACCACCACCUUGUCUGGAAAGGGAAAGGGGUGACGGCAUCCUUGGGCCACCUAGCGGCUUGCCACUAGGAGGCAUCCUUUCGGACAGUAAGAAGGGUCCUGUGGCUGGCGGUACUGCUGGGGCGCAGGCUGAAAGUGAGAGCGGUGCAAGCGCUGCGGGGGGUAUAUUGAAGCCAGCGCAUCAGGAAACAGAGAAUUACAGGAAAUGGCAGGAGAGGAUGACAAGGUAUCGACUGCUGCACAGGAAUAAGCACGGCAGCUCAACAGCUGUGAGGAGGGUGGCCAGGAGCAGUGACACAGCAGCAAAGGAGCCAUCGAGGGUGACUCUGACGGGGAGGAGGGGCCCUGGAUGGGUGUAUCGUAAAGGAGAAUGGGUAUUUGAUCCUUUGGCGAAAGUGGAGAAGGAGAAGGAGAAGGAGAAGGAUGCAGAAGAAGCCGAAGUCCAAGAGGAGGAGAAGGAAGCGAAGGUGGAGACGGAGAGCAAAGAGGUGAAAGAAGAAAGUGCCCCUGCGGAGAAGGACGCGGAGGGCGCGGACGAGAGUGAGGAAGAGAGUGAAAGCAGCUCUGGCGAAGAGAGUUCUGCGUCGGAACAUGAAGAGUGGGACGAAGCCAAGGAGGAGGCAGGGUGGAGCGAAGAUGAAACUAAGGGCAAGGAGGAAGAAAAGCUCUUGAAGGGCAAAGGGGAGGGAGAUCCUUCGGAAGGUGCCACACCAGGUGAUCAUUGGGUGCAAAUUGGGAAAGGGAGGUACUUCAGGUGGGUUUCUGUAGGGGGAGUUUGGAAGGAGGGGGGUGAGUGGAAGUGGGAGGAAGGAAAGGGCUGGGUUGAACAGAAGGGUGUUCUGAAACGGAAGAAGACGGAUGGAAAGGAGGAGGAGGAACCGGAGGAGGAAAAGAAAUGGAAGGAGCAGUAUGGGCAGGGAGUGUCCGCUGAAGCACUGAAGUCAAAACCAAAGAAGGAGGAUGCAGGAAAUAUUCUUGACCUUUGGGACUGGGCAGUUGUCGAGAGGGGUAAGGGGAAAAAGAGGGAUGCAAACGGGAAGGAUGUGCCCUCUCUGCCAUGCUUGAGUGGCAAGGUCGCAGCUGCUGGGAAACAAUUACAUCCAUCCCUCGCAGGCUCCGGUUUUAUCAAGACGUGUCCGAUAAAGGAGACGAAACGUGAUUUGGUCCGCGUCACGUCAGGUCGCGUGUACAGACUGCGGCGUCCUCAUGCCAAUCACCUCGCAGCUCUUGCAGCACAGGGUUCGACAUAUAAAGAGUCCGAUCCGACUGCAGGUUGGGGAUACCCGCUCCUCCAGGACGUAGGAGCUGAAGAACCGCAUGUUGAGGAAGAUGCCAAGGCCUCUAGCCCAGGCCGAAAUGGUGGCGGCACUUCUGAGAAGAAAUUGCUGGAUUCAGUGGGAACGUGUGCAGAGUUUCGGGCGGCUAUGGCUUCUGAAGUAGGUGCUGCUGUGAUCAUCACGGAAACCGGAUUGAAAACUCUUCCUGCAAGCACUAGCAAGGCAAGCGCUGUGGCACAGGCAGCCUCCAAUGCCAAAGCAAUGAUGUACCGCGACAGGGCUGCGGAACGAAGAAAGCUACAUGGGUUGGGCACUGGACCAGGGCAACGAAACCAAGUCGUGGCGGAAUUGAUGAAGAAGGCGGAAGCUGCAGAGGCAUCAUAUUUGGAAAAGAAGGCAGAAUCCAUGGAGAAAAAGAAACGGACGUCCAUGGAAAGGAUUGCUGCUGGGGCGAUGCCCACCCCUACGAUCGGAAAUGAUGUCGGAUGGGCGAGGUAUCGGGACAGAGCGGCUGAGCGGAGGAAACUCUAUGGUGGAUUUGGGACGGGUCCAGGCCAGCGCGCGCCGGCUGGUGAAGAGGAGGAUAAGACCGAUCCCGCACAAGUGGACGAUCCGAUGGCCGGUGGAGCAACACCAGGUGGUCCUGGAAAACCUGGUAUUCUUCCGCUUGGAAGCGGCAAUCGGGGUAAACAGAUGCUGAAGGGGAUGGGCUGGAGAGAGGGCGACUCGCUUGGAUCGACCGUGACUGGGAUUACCACACCGAUAUCUGCAAUCGGCAAUCAAGGGAGGGCAGGGCUCGGCUGGUCUUGACGUAUUAAAGCAGGAACUGCUUCUCUGCACCACUUUGCCGCCACCGCUCUCCUGCUCUCCCGCAGGCGAAAUGAGUGCGCGCAUGUGCAUGCGCUCUCAUCCCAAUGCUCAUAUGAUGAUCUGCCAUAGUUGUCGGUUGCCAGCUUGCGUUCCAUGCUUCUCUAGCUUGUGUCGUGUUGUUGUGUUUCGAGUGCGCAAACUCUUCAUCUGUCUGCCACCAGUACGCUCUCCACGCUCUCCCUCUGGAAUCCACGUCCUCGAGAACUUUCAUGUAACCUGUUGAAAUGUUGUUGCUCUUGUCGGCUUGCUCUUUGCUUUCUCUCUCCGGGAAUGCCUUCGUCUUCUUGUUUCCUAAUUCCUUUUUUCUGUCUCUUUGUUUGCUGAUCGCCGACACUCUUGUUGGUGUGGCACUGCGAGCAUGCUGAUCUCGCAGACGGGUCCAGAUGGAAAUCAGUUUCUUCCCAAAUUUUAAAUCCCCCAAGGAGAUCGACGAAUGAGCAUCCACUCGCUUGCCAUCCCUGCCUGGCGUUGUCGCUCCUAAACGACGUCGAGCGCCGAAGGAAGUAUUUUUUUCUUCAUCUGUUGAAGAUAAGUCCCAGGGGCUAGUUGGCUUGUUGGCAGGCUUUUAAAAAAGACUGAGUUGACACAUGCACAUAGAAGACUGAGGUGGCCAUUGGGGGGUAUCUCUUUUAUAAUCUAGGGGGGGGGGGUUAUGAAAUCAAGGGGGGGGGCGUAUAUCUCCGGUUUCCCAACAACGUUAAUCUCUGUGAGCAGCGCAGGUCCUCCACUCUACCCUGGAAAUUGGGGAUGGUUGGAUUUAUGCUGCCCCUGUUUUAUUAUUGGAAAUCCUUUUGGAAUUCUCCCUUCUUCUCCAUUCCUCUUUUUAUGCUCUCCUCCCUCCCCCCUUGUUUUUUUUCACCCUUUCCGUUCCUCGCCACUUGUUUUUCCCACUUUGCGGUCCUGUCCGCUUGUUUUUCACCCUUUUCGUUAGCGUGGGUGGGCUGCUUCUUGUCGGGAAGAGCUUGAGGGGAUAUAGGGAAUGUCGGGUGAAAUCCUUUGGAGUCUCGUUUGUGUCGACAGGUUGGCAUGCACGACAGGUCGGUGCUCUUUUUCAGUGAAGGGGAGAGUCGUCAGUCACGCAGGAACCUCAGCGUAUAUGUAGGCAGGACACGUCGUUGGAGGGGAUGGGAUGGGAUGGGAUGGGAUGAGGACAUUGCUGAUUUGCGGAGUGGAGUCGAGUCGUAUCUGGUCCUGGUGGUCGGUUAUGUAAGCUUGCUCU